ACCGAGUAAGAGGAGGAAGAAAAGCAAAGGAAAGAAAAGGGGAGAAAGGCACCUGAAAUCUCCUUCUCAUCUGCGCCAUUACUCUCAUCCGAUCAUUCAAAACCCUAACCCUAACCCUAGUUUUCAGACAUCUUUAUCAGAUCCCAAACCCUAAUUCCCAUGGAGGGAGUCUCGUCCGGCCCCAUCGACGGCUCCUCCCUGCCUCUCGCCAAAUGGAGAAGCGAAUUCUCAAAAGCUUUCCAGUACUAUCUCGAUAGAUCUACCCCGCAUUCGGUCGGUCGAUGGCUGGGAACGGCAGGCCUUGCAUUGAUCUACUUCCUCCGCGUCUAUUACCUUCAAGGAUUCUACAUCGUGACGUACGGCCUCGGCAUCUACUUGCUGAAUCUCUUGAUUGGAUUCCUGUCUCCGAAGGUCGAUCCGGAGCUGGAAGUCAUGGACGGCCUGUCGCUCCCCACCAAGGGAUCGGACGAAUUCAAGCCCUUCAUCCGGCGGCUCCCUGAGUUUAAGUUCUGGUAUUCUAUUACAAAGGCCUUCUGCAUAGCUCUUGUUAUGACCUUCUUUUCUAUGUUUGAUGUUCCCGUCUUCUGGCCCAUAUUAUUGUGCUACUGGAUUGUUCUUUUCAUCCUGACAAUGAAGCGUCAAAUUCUGCACAUGAUCAAAUACAAAUACAUCCCGUUCAGCAUCGGUAAACAGAAAUACACUGGCAAGAAGUAUUCUACUGGCAGCAGUAGCUUAUCCAGGGACUGAUCUAUGUUGUCUACACAUUCCCCACGAAGAGAGCAUGGGGUGUUGCUGAUUUUUGUGCUUUUAAAUUUGGGAGUGAAUUUAUGUAAAUAUCAUUUGACAUCCAAAUGCUUUUAGAUAUGAAUUUGACUUUUGACUGCCUUUCUAGGGCUGCCGUGGCAUAUGCAAGGGCUGUACGUGAUAAUUCAUUCCUUUUAUUUUUAGUUUUCCU